AGUAGAUACGGAGUAGGUUGGUAACGCGAUACGAGAUUCGUCAGACAGAAAAGCACGACUGAAUGAGGUUUCCUGGUGUCAAGGUUAUCGACGGAGUAUGCUGAGGCGUGGCCGAGUCACGCGGGAGGCGAGGGGCAGAUCCUCCGAUCGUUGCAGGGCGGUUGAGGCCUGGCCCAAGGUUCCAUCACCGCCUGACAUCACUUGGCUGGCCUCAGACAAUAAGGAAAACAAAACACAAAACAAAAUGGAGGAGAAAUUCUCUGCCAGCCAGUCAGCUGAAUCACGCUGGCAGUUGCGCUGGCCUGACAUGUUCUCGCUACCUUGGCAGUACCCCAGAUUCACCGCAAUUGGCGGUGCUCCUCGAUGCUCCUUGUCUUACCUCUCACAUUCCCUGCUCCUUAUUCUGCUGGAAUUAGGCUGCUGUGACCAUUCAUCGCCUGGAGAGCUCCCCAGGAUCUUCUUUUUGAUUCCACUGGUUCGCCGCCUGGUGGUCACACUGUCCCGAUUGAUCCAGGUGUUUCGCCUUCAGCACUGCGACUCUCUUUUCCUGAUGUAGAGGAGCUUCCUCACACUUUCAUCCACCCUGUCGACUGCAUAUAAAGGUAAGUAGCUCUACAUCUUCUCGAUUUUUUAUCUUUCCUGAUUCCUGUU